AUACAAGUUUCCUUCGAUAACUCGCGGACGACCUCGAAGGAGAAACGAGAAAUCUUAGAGAAGGAGGCUCGAAUCGAGCCUGCCGGCGCGACCAUGGGGACGAACGCGGCAGCAGGCAGCGGCAACUCGAGCGCGGCCGUUCCAGAACGGCACGGGAGGCAACGUUGCCCACCUCCCGCCAAAACGACGUCUGCCGGGCAUCGUCGUCUAUAAUUGGCCGCGCCGACGCACCCAACCAAAAGAAAGAAUGGGAGACAAAGGAGAAGGGCAAAAAAUGGCUUCGUCCGCCAAAAACCUUGACGAGCUCUUCCAUCCCGCGAAGCGGCUCCGCCCUCUCUCUCCAUCCGAACCCCCCGACGCCCUAAUCCCCCAUUCCCCUGUCUCCCCACUCCGUAAGGCCUCCCCCGCCCGCCGCGACCCCGCGCCGGAGUCCGCUGCUGCCCCCGCCCUCACCCCAGAGCAGAAGCAGCGGAUCGAGAUCAACAAGGCCCUUGCGCGUUCGAAGCGAAACCUCCGGAUCUGCAGAGAAAGAGUCGAGAAGGCCAAAGCCGAAGGGAUGGAUUAUGUGAAGCUGGAGGAGCUUUUGGUGGAGGAAAGCUGGUUGGAGGCUCUCCCAGGGGAGCUUCAGAAACCGUACGCUAAAAAUCUUUGUAGGUUUGUGGAGCGGGAGACGCGAGGGAGUGUUCCGAUCUACCCUCCGCCAUACCUUAUAUUUAAUGCUCUCCAUUUGACACCCUUUGAUCAAGUGAAGGUUGUGAUCAUCGGACAGGAUCCAUAUCAUGGACAUGGUCAAGCCAUGGGUCUUGCUUUCUCGGUACCAGGUGGGGUCAAGAUUCCUUCCAGCCUAGUCAACAUUUUUAAGGAACUUAAAGAAGAUCUGGGGCAUUCUGUGCCAUUGCACGGAAAUCUGGAAAGAUGGGCUGUACAGGGUGUUCUUUUGCUCAAUGCUGUCCUCACUGUUAGGAAUCAUCAAGCUAAUUCACAUGCCAAAAAGGGGUGGGAGCCAUUUACUGAUGCUAUCAUUCGAACAAUAUCACAGAAGAAAUCAGGAGUUGUUUUCCUUCUGUGGGGAAAUUCUGCUCAAGAAAAAUCAAGACUGAUUGAUGGGUCAAAACAUCGCAUCUUGAGGGCUGCUCAUCCUUCUGGCCUUUCUGCUAACAGAGGGUUCUUCGGAUGCAGGCAUUUUUCUGAGACAAAUCGGGCACUGGAGAAACUCGGCCUUUCUCCCAUCGAUUGGAAACUGUAGAUCACAUGCAACGCUUCCAUGUGUGUUUUCAGCUCAAGAUCUCAAUCACCACCAGUGAUCGUCUGGGUUAUAGGUUCUGGCCAACUUUUGAACUAACUUAGCAGUGUAUUAUAGCACUAUUUGGAAAUAUAUGAACCAUGAACAUGUCGCAGCAGUGUAUAGCUAGCAGCAGCAGUCUUGUGAUAUUGACCGUUCCCUAUCUAACAGGAUGGACGCUUCAAGUUUUA